AUGGCCCCUGCUACUGCUGUUGCUCAAUUUCAAGAUUUUUUUAAGGCUGACCAACUUGCCGCUGACAAGGAUAAUGUUCUUGUUAAGACUGAGCAAAAUGCCUUAACAAAGUCUUUCCCCAAUUACCAUUUGGACAAUGAGUUUAACUUCUCUCCUAUCCGUGAAAGCACUGUCUCUCGUGCCAUGACACGUCGCUACUUUGCUGACUUGGACAAAUAUGCCGAGUCUGACAUUGUUAUUGUCGGUGCAGGAUCUGCCGGCCUCACCGCCGCUUACUAUCUUGGUACUCGCCGUCCUGACCUGAAGAUUGCAAUCAUCGAGGCCUCUGUUGCUCCUGGCGGUGGUGCCUGGCUGGGUGGUCAACUUUUUUCCGCCAUGGUCGUCCGUAAACCUGCCGACGCCUUUUUGAGAGAAAUUGGUGUUCCUUAUGAGGAUGAAGGCGAGUAUGUGGUCAUCAAGCAUGCCGCUCUCUUCACUAGUACGGUCAUGGCCCGCGCUCUUUCUCUUCCCAACAUCAAGCUCUUCAACGCUACCGCUGUAGAAGAUUUGAUUGUUAAGGCUGAUCAAGAUGGCAACCAACGUAUCGCUGGUGUUGUCACUAACUGGACCCUUGUCUCUUUAAACCACGGCCUUCAAUCUUGUAUGGAUCCCAACACCAUCAACGCCCAUUUGAUCCUUUCCGCAACUGGUCAUGACGGUCCCUUCGGUGCGUUCUGCGUUAAGCGUGCUCAUCAAGCUGGCCUUGUCCCCGAUCUUGGCGACAUGCGCCCUCUUGACAUGAACCGUUCUGAAAACCUCAUUGUAAAGGGCACUCGUGAAGUAUAUCCCGGCUUGGUUGUGUCCGGUAUGGAGCUUUCUGAACUCGACGGUGCCAAUCGUAUGGGACCUACCUUUGGAGGUAUGAUGUUCAGCGGCAUUAAGGCCGCUCAAGAAGCUCUCAAAGUCUUUGAAGAGCGCAAGGCUGCCAACGAAAAGUGUAUUUAG